AUGCAUCGGCCUUACAGUAUAGAGGUCCUAGACCAUCCUGGUCUCACUUUGAACAGGGAUGAGGCGACGAAGCUGCAAAACUCCUUGUGCCGUCUGGGCCGUCUUUGCUUAAGCCGCCUCCCCAAAUAUCAGGUAUUCGACAAAGCAUCCCCCACCGCUUUGGACGAUAAGGUGAUCGUCGUUGCUCGGUACGAGGAUGAAGUAAUUGCGUUCCUCUCCGCCAUUUGGUUGCCCAUCAUAGCCCUCGACAGGCCACUGCUUCACUCUGGCUUGACUGUCAUACAUCCAGCUCAUCGAGGGUCGGGAAUCAGCCUGGACCUGUAUGCGCAUCUCUGUCUUCACCUCAUCACCAAACACCCUGAAGGAUUUUGGACAUCGACCCUAGCCGCGGUCAUAAGCUCCCUCGUUAACGUAUCGAUAUACACCACCCAGGUCUUCCCGUCUCCCGGAUGGUCGAGCCGCCACCCCACCGGCCAUCCUUCGGCGCACCACCUCGCAAUGGCCCGAGAAAUCAGCGCGAAUCAUCGGGACAAGAUGCUCAUAUCGCCGAGCGCAGUCUUUGACGAGGAUUCAUUUGUCUUCAGGGGCUCAAACGACUCUGAACAAGGGGAAGCGUUUCGGAAGGACGUGGAUGACCAGCUGUACUGGCACCGCGACCGUGAGGCUAGUGCGUUUUUCAGGAAGCUGUUGAGGCCUGACACGGGCGACGAGGUACUCCAGAUCUCGUUCCUGGAUCCAAAGUACCUUGCAAAGCAUAUGAAGAGUCAAAGAUUUGCAGAAAAGUACAGCGACAGAGCUGCAAAGGUAUUUCCUCUCUGCAUCGAACACGAUGCCUCACUCUGA